CUGGAGAAAUAAAGAUCGACUUAAACAUUACUCUUAACUACACAGUGCCGACACAAUCUGACCUUAGAGUUACAGCUACAUUUAAUUAUUAUGCUGCAGAAGUCAGGACUGGACUUCUUCAAUUCUUCCAAGCAACAAUGGGUAGCAACAUAAAAGACAUUAGAGUGCUGACUUUAGCCAGAGGAGGUAUUGUGGCUGAUGUUGACGUGUUGAUCAGCGAUAGUAACACCGCAUCACAACAAUUUUCACGUGCAAUGUACAGCCUGGUUACCGGCAGCACUGUGAGCGUAUUUGGAGCUAAUACUGUUGCUGAGGGGCUCACUUUAGGGCAGGAAACCAUCGAUAUUUCUGGCGACAGUAAGAAGUCUGUGUUAUGUACAGCUUUCUAUGAAGCGAGAGGUAGACAGUGUGCUGCUAAUGAAGAAUGUGUCAUAAAAAAUGACAGCCCCUUGUGCGAACCAACGAAGACGUCAGAUAAUUUCCCACUGGUAAUAGGACUUGGUGUCGGUGUACCACUAUUCCUGAUUACCGCCCUUGUUAUUGCAAUAAUAAUUAUAUAUGCAGUAAAGAACAACAAGAAAAAACGCUACCAUACCGAAGAAUUCAAUGACAGGGGCUCUUUCAAUAACGGAUUCUUCCCCAAUACUAUACCGACUAAAAUAAGUACAUGGGGCCGAAAUAAUCCCGUGGGUCGGCUAUAUGGUCCCCAGACCUGGGACGACGAAUCAAUGUCAAGGUCAACUGACGAUGGUAAACAUCAUAGAAGUCGGAGAGAUAAUGAUUUUAUGCGGGCUGAUGAAAUGUAUUCAUACGACAAUGCUUUGACGUCAAAUUUCUCCUGGGAUUUUCUUUACAAUUAUAUUCAUCCACAUGAAAGAUACGAAAUAGCACGGCCGCAACAUGAACAACAUCCUCAUCCAGUGUUUACGCAAUAAAUCAUGCAUUGAAAACAGACAUCAAAAAACAGGGUUUUUAAAAUCCUACAAUAGUGAUAAAGUGUGAUAUAUUUAACGUUUAAUUAAAUAUGACUGACAAUUCAGAGUUUUAAAAUAGAUGUGCGAAGACUGUAAAUAAAACAUUCACAGGCAGUGACUGGACUUCCUGCAAAAGAAAAGCUAUGCUCGUGCAAAGUGUGUACAUGUACUAGGUAAAAUGCAUAGAUGUUUUGUGGGUUUUGUGGAAUGUUCAAUCGGUGUCAGUAUGUUUUUGUUGCCACGGCCACACGAAAAAAAAUGCAUAUGGUGCGAAUUCGUCGCCUAAGUAUAAAAGCAGAUCGGACAUUUUUAUAAAUUAAAUGAAAGGAUAAAUGUAUGUGUAUUAAUUAUAUGUUACUGAUGGUUAAUGUCCAUAUUCGAAUGAAUAGCUUAAUUAUAAAGGGAGACGUAAUAGAUUGCAAAGUUGUUCAAAUGUGAACAGGUGCAUGAUCUAGUUUUUCGUGACUGACGUUUCGAUAUAUAAUGUUAUAUGCAUAUAUUUGUAAUAAAUGGCAGGGUAAAUGUGUGUGAAACUAACUAACCCCUCACCAAUAGUGCACUUGGUACAGUCAAUAUAAUAUUUUAGUUUUGGGUAAAACUGCAUUAUUAUUUUAGACUUACCGCGGCAUCAAACUAUUCUACUGCAAUCAGUGGAUAUAAACCGCACGAUUUUCACGUUAUAAUAUAAAGCGAAAUGCGCAUGCGAAAACUGCUCACGUUUAAUGUUUUUUUGCACCAAUUUAUUCAGACUUUUAACCUUGGUUAAAAAAGUUUUAUCAUGUUUUAUAUGCAGAGAGCUUCUUUACAAAUAUAUUGUUUUCCUAAUAAAAUGCCAUAAUAUAUGUUUAUUUUUAUAUAAAAUGUAAAUAUUAUAUUUUGAUUAAUUCUCUCAUUGUUGAAGAGUUAUCUAGAUUGUCUAUAGUUAUCUUGAUUUUAUGAUGCUACUCCUCUGUGUUAUGUUUGUAGAGUACCUCACCCCCUAGCCCCACCCCAAAGCAUGUUUAAUUUUUUAUAUGUGUGCUUUUGCUAUGGUUAUUAUCUUUUUAUCAAUAGCUUUAUAAUGGUAUGUUUUAAGCUGAUAUUUAUCUGGGACAAAUUCUUUUUGUCCCAGCCUUUAUGUAUUUUAGAUAUCUGCAUUUUUUGCAAAAUGUAGAACUCAUUUUUACAAUUUUAUUAUAUUAAACUUAUAUGAAAUUGUUUC